UGACACCCUCUUCUCUAAGGUCAGCAAGCGGGGCUCUGCUCCCAGCCCCAGGCCGUCUUUCCUCGCAGGCCCAGCCCGCGGAGGGGACAGGGACAGGCAACCCUCUCGGGCCUCCGCCCCCGCCCCAGGGCGAGUCUGAAUGGGGCCCGAGGGAGGCGGCCCGUGGGCGUGGAGGUGGGCGGGUGUCCUGGUUUCCCACGUGUCCUGGAGAGGCGACCCCGGGAGCCCCGCAGAGGAGUCGUGCACCCGGGCGGAGGUGACCCUCGCGGGCUCCGAGGUCCGGUCUCCGCCCGGCGCGCCUGGGAGGAGCGGGGUCGCCCUCCGUGCGGCCGAGGCCCGAAGGGGUUAACGCACCUGGCCGCCGCCCCUGCGCCCCUCCUCCCGCCGCCCGGAAGACGAAAGCCGCGGCGGGGGCGCGGCCCGUCCUUCGUCCGCCGCCCGCAGUCCCCAGCGCAGCGCCCGGAGCUGCGACCCGCGCGCCCCGCUCCGCCGCCCCGGCCCGGGCCGCCAUGUCUCUGUGGAAGAGAACCCUCUACAAGAGUGCGUGCCUGGCCCUGGUCCUCCUCGUGGCUGUCACCGUGUUCCAGCGCAGUCUGACUCCUGGUCAGUUUCUGCAGGAGCCUCCACCUCCCACUCUGGGGUCACCAAAAGUUCAGAAGCAGAGUGGAAACCUGGUGAACCCUAAAAACUUCUGGAAGAGCCCCCAGGAUGUGGUGGACCCCACCCCCACGGCUUCCCAGGGGCCCCAAACCUGGGACGUGACCACCACUAACUGCUCCGCCAACGUCAACCUGACCCAUCAGCCCUGGUUCCAGGGCCUGGAGCCACACUUCCGGCAGUUCCUGUCCUAUCGCCACUGCCGGUACUUCCCGAUGCUGAUGAACCACCCCGAGAAGUGUGGGGGGGACGUCUACUUGCUGGUGGUUGUCAAGUCUGUCAUCACUCAGCACGACCGCCGUGAGGCCAUCCGCCAGACCUGGGGCCGCGAGUGGCAGUCGGCGGGCAGAGGCCGGGGCGCCGUGCGCACCCUCUUCCUGCUGGGCACGGCCUCCAAGCAGGAGGAGCGGGCCCACUACCAGCAGCUGCUGGCCUACGAGGACCGCCUCUACGGCGACAUCCUUCAGUGGGACUUCCUCGACAGCUUCUUCAACCUCACCCUCAAGGAGAUCCACUUCCUCAAGUGGCUGGACAUCUACUGCCCCAACGUCCCCUUCGUCUUCAAGGGCGACGAUGACGUCUUCGUGAACCCCACCAACGUGCUUGAGUUUCUGGCCGACCGGCAGCCACAGGAAAACCUGUUCGUGGGCGACGUGCUGCAGCGCGCGCGGCCCAUCCGCAGGAAGGAGAACAAGUACUACAUCCCCACCGUCCUGUACAGCAAGGCCAGCUACCCGCCCUACGCGGGCGGCGGGGGCUUCCUCAUGGCCGGCAGGCUGGCCCGACGCCUGCACCACGCCUGCGACACCCUGGAGCUCUACCCCAUUGACGACGUCUUCCUGGGCAUGUGCCUGGAGGUGCUGGGCGUGCAGCCCACGGCCCACAAGGGCUUCAAGACCUUCGGCAUCUCCCAGAACCGCAGCAGCCGCAUGAACAAGGAGCCCUGCUUCUUCCGCUCCAUGCUGGUGGUUCACAAGCUGCUGCCUGCGGAGCUGCUGGCCAUGUGGGGGCUGGUGCACGGCAACCUCACCUGCUCCCGGAAGCUCCAGGUGCUCUGACCUGCGGGGCUGGAACUGCAGUGCCCAGGCAUGGCCUGGUCCCCUGCUGGAGGUGAAGGGUUUGGGCAUUCUGUGCCCCUAGGUGCAGGGAGCCAGAGGGGGAUCCCAGAAAUUCCCAGAAAGCAAGGCCCAGGAACACUGGAGCUUCCCAGACUGGAGGUGAUCUGAGGAGCUGGGACCCUCCUAGUCUGACCUGGUGAGAGGCCCUGGUGGCCUCGGAGGGGACCUUUCCUGAGCUCGGGUGUCUGGGCUGGGCCUGGCCCCGGCUGGUCUGCGGCUGCCCCUUGACUUGACAGAGCGUCUCCUCUGUGAAAUGCCUCAGUCUCCCCAGGGUCCGAUGGCCUUCCAGGAGAAGCGCAGCCUUGUGCAGGCUCACAGGCGUCCCCUAUUCCACAGCUCGGGUCUCCCGGGACAAGAGCCCCAGAAGGCUCCAGCACAGCCCAGGCUGCCUGGAGUCUGUGCCUCUACUUCAGGGGCCUUUGCUCCUGGCUGCGUCCUCUCAGGCCAGGAGUGUGACCGGCCACUCUGACUACCUCAGCGCUCCUGCAAACCUCGGCCGGCUGCAGCCCGGCCCAACCCUGACGCAGGGCAGAAGCACAGCGCUCCUGGCCCCCAAGUCCCGGUGCUGUCUGACCCUCACCCGAGCCCCGGUCCUUCUGGCAGCCCCACUGAGGCUGGUUCCCUGGCCAGAAACUAGCCGAUUUGGCCCUGGAAGUGGAUAGUCCUCUGUUACUGUGAAGUUUUAUUUAUGAAGAAUUUGGAGGAAGAAGGCUCUGGCCUCAGGAGGUGGUGGACCCUCCUCCAUCUCCUGCCUGUUCCCUCAGCCACCUUUAGCCCUGCCCUUCACAGCCCCGCCCUUCACAGCCCCGCCCUUCACAGCCCCCUCCGGAAGACCUCCCCACCACGCCCCGACUUGUCCAGGGCCUGAGCAGACUUGCAUUUGCCCUGUGAGGGACGGAGCCGGCCCUGGGGGUGGAUGGCAGGAGGAGGGGCUCCUACCUCAGGGUGGAGUCACCUGGUUAAGGUGGGGGAACCGGCUCAAUUUUCUCAAUAAAAUGGGACUGGUUUUUUUCCUGG